UUUUAUACCAGUCUAACACCUGGAUGUAUUCCCUCGGAGCUCUUUGACCUUGGAGAAUAAAAGAAUUCUCGAAAUGACCAAACAAUUUGCGCCCUUGAAAAAUGACCGACUGCUUCGAGCAGCGCGGGGCGAGAAAGUCGACCGACCACCCAUCUGGGUGAUGCGACAAGCUGGACGAUACCUACCAGAAUACCAUGAAGCCAAAGGCAAGAAUGACUUUUUCGAAUGCUGUCGAUCUCCCGAAAUCGCUUCCACUCUCACUCUCCAACCCGUCGACCGCUACGACGGCCUCAUCGAUGCUGCAAUUAUCUUCUCCGACAUUCUGGUCAUCCCUCAGGCGGUGGGAAUGGACGUCAAGAUGGUGGAUGGAGUGGGCCCCAAGUUUCCCAAUCCCCUUCAUUCACCCGCAGACGAACAGUAUCAAGAGAUCAUCAAGCGGAAAGUCGAUGUUGCCAAAGAGUUGGAUUACGUCUACAAAGCCAUUACACUGACACGGACAAAACUCGCCGGUCGGGUACCCUUGUAUGGAUUCUGCGGUGCACCAUGGACGUUGAUGUGCUACAUGGUGGAAGGCGGAGGAACCAAACUCUUCCGGGAGGCCAAAACGUGGGUCUACAAAUACGGCAAAGAGAGCAAGACGCUAUUACAAAAGCUGUCGGAGAUCUGUGUCGAACACCUCGCCCUGCAGGUCAAGGCAGGCGCACAGAUUGUGCAAGUCUUUGACUCGUGGGCCGGAGAGCUCUCACCCAGCUCAUUCAAAGAAUUCGCCCUCCCUUCCCUCCGAUAUAUUUCCGAGCACCUACCUCGAAGACUACGCGAAUUGGGCGAGGAUGUCGUUCCAAUGGUUGUCUUUGCCAAAGGUGCAUGGUACGCCUUGGAUGACCUGUGUGAGUCUGGCUACGAUGUGGUGGGACUCGAUUGGCUACAUGAUCCGGCCGAGGCAGUCAAGAUCGCCCGAGGCCGAGUGACUUUGCAAGGAAAUGCAGACCCGGGAGUCCUGUACGGGAGUCACGAGUCGAUUACAGCGGUGGCAGAAAAUGUCGUCAAGGGAUUCGGUGGCGGCAAAGAGAGGUGGAUUGUCAACCUCGGUCACGGAAUCACCCCAGGAGUGAAUCCGGAUGAUCUCAAGUUUUUCUUCCAAGAGAUCCAUCGAUGUACGACCUAAUUUUGGCGCACAAAAAAAGGGUAAAAAAAAGAAAUAGACAUAGUCGCUUAUGAAGCCAC